GCCGGACCGCCGGGAACAUGGCCCUGGAGCAGCUCGGCUCGGUCCUCAAAGUGUUGCUGGUCACGGUGCUGGUGGUGGAAGGGAUCGCCGUGGCCCAGAAGACGCAAGAUGGACAGAACAUCGGAAUCAGGCACAUUCCCACCACGCAGUGUGGCAUCUGGGUUCGAACCAGCAACGGAGGGCAUUUCGCGUCCCCCAGUUACCCUGACUCCUACCCGCCGAACAAGGAGUGCGUCUACGUUCUGGAAGCUGCUCCGCGCCAGAGAAUAGAGUUGACCUUCGACGAGCACUUCUACAUAGAGCCGUCCUUCGAAUGUCGGUUUGACCACCUGGAGGUCCGAGAUGGGCCCUUCGGCUUCUCCCCACUCAUUGACCGGUUCUGCGGCGUGAGAAGCCCUCCGCUGAUCAGGUCGACCGGGAGGUUCAUGUGGGUCAAGUUCAGUUCCGACGAAGAGCUUGAAGGCAUGGGAUUUCGAGCAAAAUACUCCUUUAUUCCAGAUCCAGACUUUACGUACCUAGGAGGUAUUUUAAACCCCAUCCCAGACUGCCAGUUCGAGCUCUCGGGGGCUGACGGGAUAGUGCGCUCCAGCCAGGUGGAGCAGGACGACAGGACGAAGCCCGGCCAGGCGGUGGACUGCAUCUGGACCAUCCGGGCCACCCCGAGAGCCAAGAUUUACCUGAGGUUCCUGGACUACCAGAUGGAGCACUCCAACGAAUGCAAGAGGAACUUCGUGGCCGUCUACGACGGGAGCAGUUCCAUUGAGAACCUCAAGGCCAAGUUCUGCAGCACGGUGGCCAAUGACGUCACGCUCAAAACCGGAGUCGGCGUGAUCCGCAUGUGGGCGGAUGAGGGCAGCCGGCUCAGCAGGUUCCGCAUGCUCUUCACCUCCUUCGUGGAGCCGCCCUGCACGGGCAGCGCCUUCUUCUGCCACAGCAGCAUGUGCAUCAACAGCUCCCUGGUCUGCAACGGCGUGCAGAACUGCGCCUACCCGUGGGACGAGAGCCACUGCAGAGAGAAGAAGCAGGCGGGCCUCUUCGAGCAGAUCACUCGAACGCACGGCACCAUCAUCGGGGUCACGUCGGGGGUCGUCCUGGUCCUUCUCAUCGUGUCCAUCCUGGUGCAGGUGAAGCAGCCCCGGAAGAAGGUGCUGGCGUGCAAGAGCGCCUUCAACAAAACCGGCUUCCAGGAGGUGUUCGACCCGCCGCACUACGAGCUCUUCUCCCUGCGGGACAAGGAGCUGGCCGCCGACCUGGCCGACCUGGCCGAGGAGCUGGACGGCUACCACCAGCUGCGCCGCACGUCGUCCGCCUCGCGCUGCGUCCACGACCACCACUGCGGCGCGCAGGCCCCCGGGGGCGGCGGCGCCGGGGGCGGGGGCGGCAGGGCGAGCAGGACCAACCUGGCGGCGGUGGAGCUGCCCUUCCGAAAUGACUUCGCGCAGCCCCAGCCCAUGCAGACGUUCAACAGCACCUUCAAGAAGAGCAGCUACUCGUUCAAGCAGGCGCGCGAGGGCCCGGAGCAGGCGCCGGACGACCGCGUGAUGGAGGAGAUCCCCUGCGAGAUCUACGUGCGCGGCCGGGAGGACGCCGCCCAGGCGUCCAUCUCCAUCGAUUUUUAGCCUCCGGCGGCAGGC